UCAUAUACUAACAAUUCUUACAAGAAUAUAAUCGAGCUUAGGUUUGGUACUUACAGCAAUGAAAGGUGUUCAAUUCCUUGUAGCAUUUGUGCUCUUGGCUUUGGCUUCUAAACUUGUCUCAGCUUCAGAUCCAAGUCCUCUUCAAGACUUUUGUGUAGCAAUUAAUGAUACUAAAGAUGGUGUUUUUGUUAAUGGCAAGUUCUGCAAGGACCCAAAGCUUGCCAAAGCAGAAGACUUUUACCUUUCAAGGCUCAACAUUCCAGGAAAUACAUCAAACCAAGUCGGAUCAAUGGUCACUCCAGCCAAUGUUCAACAAAUACCAGGACUUAACACUCUUGGCAUAUCUCUUGUUCGAAUUGACUACGCACCUUAUGGUGGCCUAAACCCUCCUCACACCCACCCUCGUGCCACUGAAAUUCUAGUCGUUGUGGAGGGCACACUUUAUGUCGGUUUUGUUACAUCGAACAUGGAUAACCGUCUCUUCACCAAAGUCCUGCACCCUGGAGAUGUCUUUGUUUUCCCGGAAGGUCUGGUUCACUUCCAAUUCAACAUAGGGCAUACCAAUGCAGUUGCCUUUGCCGCUCUUAGUAGCCAGAACCCGGGGGUUAUCACCAUUGCAAAUGCAGUGUUUGGCUCAGACCCCGCCAUCAAUCCUGAUGUUCUUGCCAAAGCCUUCCAACUGGAUAAGAAUAUCGUUAACCAACUUCAGUCCCGAUUCUGGUGGGAUAACAACUAGAGGGAUAUAUUUCGAAACUCCAUGAAACUUAUGUAGUGGCUAAUUGUUUGGAUGAUGUUUGACUAGUUUCUCUUGCUGAAUUUAGUAUUGUUUUUAGUUGAAAAAUAAAGAGGUUGAUUAUGUACCCUGGCUUGCCAAAACCUCUCUAUAUAUUAUUUUGGUCGUACUAUACGGAGUCUUGUAAUGGAAAUUUGUUUCUUCUGCUAUGGAUGUUGGAUCUUGGAGUUUGGCUCAACCCCUUCUUCGUGUAAUGGAAAUUUCAUCUAUCAUUUGUUUAGUUAACCUUUCACAGUAGUAAAUAAUAAAGAUUCGAAAGAGAAAAAGUGAAACAGUGAAAGUACCAUGAAUACAAAAA